AGGUUAAGAAUUCUUACUAAGAAAGUGGAGAUGUUACAGCAUGACAUAAACUACUUCAGGUGCUUCUUGAGGGAAGAACACACACCAAAAUCCUUAAAGUUAAAAAGAAGUAUACGGAAUAUAAUCCCCAAACAUAUGAUUUGGAAGAUAGAAAGAAAGAUAAUAAAAUCUGUAAUUAGGAGUAAAGUUAAAAAAUGGAAUAAUUUAAAAUACCAACUAAGAAAAUUAUUACAACAACAUAGUUACAAAGAAAACCCACACAAAGGUAUUGCAAAUGGAUACAAAUAUAGAAAAGAUCUUAAAUUACAUAAAUUAUUUAAGUAUCCGGUCCCUAAAAUGAAAAAUAUGUGGAUAAAUAAUUUAAUUGUUAAUAAAACUAACAUACAAAUCCCUACUUACAUAAAACAAUUCCUAACAUUAGGAAUUGAUUUUAAUAUACCUAUUGAGAAAAUAACUAUGGAUCUAAUAGCAAGUAUAGACAAAAGUAUAAAAGACUUGCCGAUAAAAAAGGAUAAGAAAACUAAAUUAAUAAAUUCCGUAAUCCAAGAUAUAAAACAUAUAUCCCAAAAGAAUAAAUUUAAAGUAAAUAAAUAUAAAACAAACUUAAAUAAAACUAUAAAUUUUUUAAAAACAAAUAACCUUGCUAUCAUAAAAGCUGAUAAAACAAGACAACUCAUAAUAAUAACUAAUGAAGAAUUAGAAAAUAAAAGUAAAGAACAAAUUGACAAUGAACAAUAUACUAAAUUAGUUAAUAAUCCAUAUGAAAAAAUAAAAAAGGAUUUAACAAAAAUUGUAAAAGAAAUGCAUUCGAAAGGUAAUAUUAGUGAUACGGAUAAAAAUAAUAUAAUUAAUUUUAAUAAUAAUAGAACCCCCAAGUUACAUAUACGGUUGAAAACACACAAAAAAGAAGAAAAAUAUAGACCAAUAGUUGAUUUUAGAUACUCGAUACUAUACAAUUUAGAAAAUUAUAUUAAACAAAAAUUAAAAAGUAUUGAAAAUUCUAAAAAUAGCAUAAAAAAUGCUGAUGAAGCAAUUAAUAUUAUUCAAAAAAUUAAAAAAGAAAAAACAGACACAUUAAUCAGCCUAGAUGUAAAAAAUAUGUACCCUAACAUAAAAUGGAAACUUGUACGGGAUAGCCUCACAAAUUUAAACAUAAGUAAAACUUUAAUAGAUUUAACACAAUUUGCAUAUCAGAGAAAUUAUUUUGAAGUCUAUAAUGAAUUCUAUAGGCAAACCGAUGGUGUGAGUAUGGGGUCAAAGAUGGGGCCAAAACUAGCUGAAUUAGUAAUGAUAGAAAUAGACAAAAAAAUACAAAACAUCCCAGGGAUAAAGACCGUAAUGAGAUCAUAUGUUUGGGGAUUAUAUUCCGUAUACUUCUUUUUAACUUUAAGGAUUUUGGUGUGUGUUCUUCCCUCAAGAAGCACCUGAAGUAGUUUAUGUCAUGCUGUAACAU